AUGAUCGGCUUCAACACUGCUUCCGUAUGCGCACUUCCUAUUCUGGCAGCCGCAUUGAGCAAAUACAAUUUGCCACCUCUCAAGUUCUUCGAGUCUCAGGGUGAAGAACGUUUUGAUAUCAGUAGGGUGCACUACCACACUCGGAAGACUGCAGUGUCAAGCGCUGUCCAUUAUCGAUGCCUGGACCUCACUUCCAUGAAGGUGUGCCUGGACACGGGCAAGAUGCUGACGAUUCCAGAGUCACCGUGCCUAGGUGGCCUCUUUCACUUGUCUGGACCCAAGGCUCGCGCCAAGGAUCAUCACGAACAAGUUCGUCGUCAUCUCUACUCUUUCAAGCCAAGGUUUGCCUUGUUGGAGCACGGCCUGGAGGAUGCAGAGGCUUUUGCUGUGGAGUAUGAGAAGAUCGGGUAUGCCAUCAUUCCACUUGCCCUUUCCAGCUACAGUUACAUCCUUCAGGUAAACUCCAACACGUGGUCUCUCAUCCUCCCCACAGAUCAUUCGAAGGCUGCAGUGUCACAGAUCUCAGAGUUGGCUACCAAGAUUGUGCAGAAGGUGAAUAAUGCUAUAACACAAGCAGAUUGGUUCUUGCUUUCCAAGGACCAGCGCAAGCGCAUUGCAGAUCCGGCUGAUCGGCCAGAGUCAGUCAUCCAGGAUCUUCCUGAGGAUAUCUACAGGGUCACAGCUCCCUACCUCAAAUCCAUCGAGGGAGGAAUUGGCUUUGGGGGCCUUUCGGCUUUCGGCUUGGAUGAGUAUAGGUCUUCCCUGGCGCACGUCAAGCAGUAUGAAUGCACACUGACGGGCGACAUGUUCAAGGAGUACUGCUUUUGCCAUGCCUUCCCACCUUCUUGUGGACAGCUGGAGCGUGCUGAGAAACAGUUUGAGGAGUCGGUGUCAGAGACGGAUGAUUCAAUCUUGAUUUGGCCGUACUCUGUUUCUCUGCGGGCCUUGGACGGUGUGACUCCCCCCCAGAAAGCCACUUUGCAAGUUUUGGGAAAUGAUGUCCUGUGGCUGGGCUUUUUGAAGUUCUUUGCUUCAUGCAUCCAGAAGACGGAUGCCAAACGAAUCACGAUGUGCCGCGAGGCACUUCGCAGAGUCAAGGUGAAAUUUCACCUUUGUCAGACUGAUGAGGAGGCCCACCGCAUGAAAUGGACCUUGGACCAAGGCGCGAGUGAUCUGGCAAAGAGUCAGACCCUGCGGGGAUGGAAACGCAUCUGCGGAUAUGCAGCUAUCCGAGAGGAGCUGAAGUCUCGAGGCCAGGCGGGCAACGGAGAAGCCAUCAGCGCCUGGCUUAAGAAAGCCAAGGUGUCGAUGGCUCCAAAGACACUCAACACACUUUUGCGAGUGUAUGAUCGCAUGCGCAGUGCAGGGCAGGAUACAUUGGCCGUCUUGGAAGACAUGGACAGCCUGUUCGACGAGCAUUUCUUCUCAAACACUUCGACACUGACCGCCGUGUGUGAGAAGACGGCCGUCAGCAAGAAUAAGUUGCUGGAAGAUGCCUUGCUGACCUGGGUGGUUGCCGGCCUUCAUGUCAGAGUCACAUCUUCGAACAACGGCACCUUGAAAGUCCUCGCGCCAACCGCCUCCCGGGACAUUGUCCUUCAGCACACAUCGGUGGAGCUGGCAUUGCGGCGCGUGGUCCAGUAUAUCUCCAACAAGAUGGCCCGCGCUGCCCAUGUGAGGGAUGGAGGCAAUGACAGUGUCAGGCUUUGCGACGCCUUUGGCACGUACAAGAACUUCAUUGAAUUCAGAGACAAUCAGGAGGCUCGGAAGCUGUUCUUGAGCAGGUGUAGUCCUGCCGAAGUCCAAGCGGCGACCUUCAUCAAGACGGCCAUGGAAGGCAACAUUGUGAUCCAUGACAUAUUGUCGACUGCGAUUGCAACGAACUGGCUACAGCCAGCCGAGCUGAUUAUGCAGAGUCAGGUCUGGGUCGAGAAGGAGAUAAUCAACUUGGAGGUGCUCCUGGACCCCUUGGAGCCGAUGCAGACUCAGCUGAAUCAGACUGAAACGGCAGCGGCGUUGGCAACCAAGCCAGAAGCAGCUGCAGAAGCAGAGUCAGUGCCAGACACGCCGCUCAAGGACGAGAUCCCGGAGGUCACGACGGAUGGUGCAGGUCCUGUGGAGCAGCCACGCUCGCGAGCAUCGUUUUUCAGUGCUGCAAUCAUUCCGGCAUGGGCCGAGGACUUGUUCCAGAAGGUGACCUUGGCGACGUUCGAACAGAGUCUGGAGCAUGCUCGUGCUUGUCGGGUCCUCAUUCUUCAGUUCAGAACAUGUCAGAAGUUUUCUGCUGCCGGGAUUGUGUGGCAUCUUCUUGGGCACUUGAUUUAA